AAAAGCUUAUCAAUUCUUAAAACUCGAUUAAACAAAAAGGCAACAACAAGCCCAAAAACUGUCAACACUUGAGAUUUUUCAACUUGAAAAAAGUUACAAUCUUUGAUGGCUCCUCCAAUGACGUUUUCUCUGUCACCAAUUGAGAUGUUGAAAUCGCCACCUGAUCAAUCUCACUUCUCUUCUUACGACGCUUCUUCUACUCCUUAUCUCAUCGAUAACUUCUAUGCUUUCAAAGAAGAAGCUGAUAUAGAAGCUGCUGCUUCAAUGGCGGAUUCAACAACUCUAUCCACUUUUUUCGAUUCGCAAAUCCAUUCUCAGACUCAGAUUCCAAAGCUCGAAGAUUUUCUUGGUGAUUCCUUCGUUCGUUACUCUGAUAACCAAACAGAGACACAAGACUCUUCUUCUCUCACUCGAUUCUACGAUCUACGUCACCACAACGUUGCCGGAGAAGUUACAGGGUUCUUCUCCGAUCAUCAUCAGCACGAUUUCAAGACGAUAAACUCGGGAUCAGAAAUCGUCGAUGACUCCACAACUUCCAACAUCGGUGGGACUCAUCUCUCUAGUCACGUGGUGGAGUCAUCAACGGCGGCGGAGUUAGGGUUUAACAGUGGUGCAACCACCGGAGGAGCUUUGUCUCUAGGGGUUAACAACACUUCAGAUCAACAUUUAAUAAGCUGUAACAAUGGCGAGAGAGGUGAAAACAGCAACAAGAAGAAGACAGUGUCUAAGAAGGAAACAUUGGAUGAUUCAAAGAAGAAGACUGUCGAAACAUUGGGACAAAGAACUUCGAUUUAUCGUGGAGUCACCCGACAUAGAUGGACUGGAAGAUACGAAGCACAUCUAUGGGAUAACAGCGGUAGGAGGGAAGGUCAAGCCAGAAAAGGACGUCAAGUGUACUUAGGUGGAUAUGACAAGGAAGAUAGAGCAGCUAGAGCCUAUGACUUGGCAGCUUUAAAAUACUGGGGUCCUACUGCUACUACAAAUUUUCCGGUCGCGAGUUAUUCAAAAGAACUUGAGGAAAUGAAUCACAUGACCAAGCUAGAGUUUAUUGCAUCUCUUAGGAGGAAAAGCAGCGGUUUUUCGAGAGGAGCUUCCAUGUAUAGAGGUGUCACAAGGCAUCACCAACAAGCAACGGAAGAGGAAGCAGCAGAGGCUUAUGACAUUGCAGCCAUAAAGUUCAGAGGAAUCAACGCAGUAACUAACUUUGAGAUGAACCGCUACGACGUUGAAGCAGUCAUGAAAAGUUCUUUGCCUGUAGGAGGAGCAGCUGCGAAACGCCACAAACUCUCUCUUGAAUCUCCUUCUUCAUCAUCCUCUGACCAUAACCUCCAACAACAACAUUUGCUUCCGUCAUCCUCUUCCUCGGAUCUAAACCCUAACUCAAUCCCAUGUGGCAUUCCGUUUGAGUCUUCAGUUCUCUAUCACCACCAGAACUUCUUCCAGCAUUAUCCUUUGGUUUCUGACUCUACAGUUCAAGUUCCUAUGAACCAAGCUGAGUUUUUCUUAUGGCCUAACCAGUCUUACUGAAUCAUAUGGUUCGUUCUUGCUUAGACUUCUAUUCACCGCGCUAACGGAUGACCCGAGGCUUAUCUUCUUGAUUCUGUUUAUAAGGAUGGAUCUUUGAAGUUCCUUUUUAACUGUAGGCUAAGACAGAAGUAGAGGGGAUAAAAGUUGAAGAAGCUUAAAACUUUUGGGGGUCAAUUUUGUAGUAAUCUUCUUUUGUUAGGGGUGGAUUAUCGGUUUUAUUACUUAUUUUUUGUAUGUAAUCGGCCUAUCAAUAUAACUCUGUUUCCAUA